AUGGGCUGGCUGGAACCAAAAGACGAUCCAUGGAUGUCCUAUGUGAGGAGCUACCCUUUCCACGAGACAUCUCUGGGCCCUAUAUCCGACUGGCACCCUCAAUUGCGCCGAGCCGUCCAGAGAAUGAUGGUUUGUCCCGAGACACGCAUUCUCUAUUGGGGAGACCGACACGCAAUGCUGUACAAUGAAGCCGCUGUCCCAAUCCUUGGCAAAGUACAUCCGUGUUUGGGAAUGCCUCUGCUCGAAACUUGGGGCCAAGUCAUGAACGAUCAGAUCGAUGCUACCAUCAGAGCUGUCGUUGUUUCUGGAAAGGCUCAACAGAUGAGGAACAUCAUGUUUGAGAUGCAAAGAGACGAUUUCCUCGAGCAAACUUGGCACCACUUCUACCAAUUACCCAUCAUCGGCCCUGACGGACGUUAUCUCGGAUGUGUUUGCGAGUUUGCUGAAAACACCACUGCCGUUGUACAAGAAAACAGGAAUGCUAUUCUUGAUACGUCCAUCAGAAGCGCUGCAACCGCUCCCACUCUGAAAAAACUUUGGGCCACCUCGCUGCACUCCUUCAGCAAAACCUCGAUCGACGUCGUCGCUGGUUGCGUCUUCUCUGUCUCCAACAUUGCCGACGGUUCAGAGCCAUCUCAGUCAUCCCUGGAUCCACAAGACUAUCUUCUGGAGGCCUCCUUUGGUCUCACCAACACAAAGUCAACCAUUCCCAGAUCUCUGCUGAAGACACUUAGCACCUCGUUCGAAGGCGAAAAGCUAGUCGUCUUGAAACAAGCCGAUGGCUCGCUCCCCUCUGACCUCCAGUGGGCUACUCCCGACCGGGCUGCCUUGAACACUCUUUGCAUCCUACCCAUUACAGACAUCAACGACCGCAGACUUGCUGUAUGCGUCUUCGGCAUGAACCCAGGCAGACCCUUUGACCAAGGCAGCCGGGACUUCAUUUCAAGAUUCGGCGACGUACUCCGUAAGAGUGCAGUAUUCAUCACUCUGCCCGAAGAACAGAAACGGACCGAAGCCAUCACUUCAGCAUUGUCCGACAAACUAGCAAUCGCUCUGCUAUCUGCAGAGAUGCAAGAAGAGUCGUACGCUCGCAUGGCAAGGACGGCCCCGAUCGGAAUGUACAUGUUGCGACCAGAUGGAUACCCUAUCUUUGUCAACGACGCCUUUCUGAAGCUUCAUGGUGUUACACGAGCGCAAUUCUACAGACAUGCAGACGAAGGCCUUGGCUGGGAUCCGACUAUUUAUCAAGACGAUAAGGAACACGUCAACCAAAUGUGGCUGGACACGAUCAACGGCACAAAGCCUGUGCAAGACGAAAUACGCAUUGCUGCUCCUCCGAACAAGUUCCCUGAUGGGAUUCGCUGGGUUGAAUCCAUGUCCUAUGCCAUACGUGACGGGGCGGGCGAGGUAACCUCGGUCCAAGGUUGGCUUCUUGACGUCAGUCCGCGAAAGAUGAAUGAACGCCUGGUGAAUGAGAAACUUGAGGAUGCGCUCGAGACCAAGCGUGCCACCGAGACGUUUUUGGAUAUGCUCUCGCAUGAGAUGAGAAAUCCUUUGUCGUCGAUCCUCCAGCUAGCAGAUGGCAUUUUAUCAUUGUUGGAAGACUUGCUGAAGCCUGAUACCAUUGAGCCUUUGAAGGAUUCUGCUCAGACCAUCACAUUGUGUGCUAGGCAUAUGAAGACCAUCAUAGUAGACGAGGUUCUCACCUUCUCAAAGUUGGACUCGAAUCUUUUGGUUCUCAGUCUGGAAAGAGCUCGAGUCCCUACGAUCAUGGAGACUGCUCUGAAAAUGUUCGAGAAGGAGAUUGAACACGCCAAGAUCGUGGCCAACAUGGAAAUCGAUCAGAGCUAUAUGGACCUCGCUUUGAAUUAUGUGCUUGUAGACCCCAGCCGUCUGCUUCAAGUGAUCAUAAAUUUCCUAUCCAACUCGAUCAAAUUCACAAAGUUUGAGCAAGAAAGGAGGAUUACCAUGAAGCUCGCUGCUUCCCUCACAAAGCCGACGGAACAAGACUUUGGUAUUGCGUUCUUGGCACCUCGCAAGGAUUUGGCUACGAACACGUCUAUGCCCGCGACGCCCGACACGCCUGCGCCCGAGUACGCCCUCGGCGAUGAGGUGUACAUCUACAUUGGUGUCGAGGAUACUGGACGAGGUCUUACGGAAGACGAAUGCAAAGUGUUGUUCCAAAGAUUUGCUCAAGCAUCCCCCAAGACUUACAAGACCUAUGGAGGAAGUGGUCUCGGAUUGUUCAUCAGUCGAGGUCUGUCCGAACUACAAGGAGGGCAGAUCGGAGUCAAGAGUAUCGCAGGGGUUGGAUCCACUUUUGCCUUCUUCAUCAAGACCAGAAGGGCAGAACCGCCUCGAGCUGCUUCUCACACUGGCUCGGUGGUGUCCACAGAAGCAUUGACUGACGUGCACAACUUGCCUCAUGAGAAGGGUAGGCAAGAUGUGCAAAUCUUGACCAUGUCGACGGUCGCAGAAGAGAGUGUUGUUUCGGUCAAGGACUUGCACGUACUACUUUGUGAAGACAACGCUAUAAAUCAAAAGGUCAUCGCACAACAACUCCGCCGCCUAGGCGUCCACACAGUCCACACGGCCGACGACGGCCUCGCAGCUCUAAACUUCCUCGCCACCACCACUUUUGCUUCUUCCUCCGUCCCUUCAUCCACUCCACCCACUCCUCUCUCCAUCAUCCUCAUGGACGUCGAAAUGCCAGUCAUGGACGGCCUAGGCGCUGUGAGAAGGAUCCGCCAAGCAGAGGCCAAAGGCGACAUCAACUCGCACAUCCCCGUGAUUGCGAUUACGGCGAACGCGAGACAGGAACAGAUUGCUGUUGCCAUGGAAGCAGGCAUGGAUGAGGUAGUCACGAAGCCGUUUUUGGUCAGGGAGUUGGUGCCUAGGAUGGUUGCGUUGGUGCAGAGGUUUGCGAGCGGCGGUGGCGGUGGUUGA